GAAAGACAUUUUGCUUUGUAGUUUAAACCACAGAUUCAGAGUGUUCCUCUUCAGUAGUGACAGUGGCAAGUCUGAGUGCUGGGGAGAAUGGAGCAGGCGAUGUUGCUUCAUCCAGAGCAGUCUUCAUUUUCCAUCACAAAGGCCAUAUCUUCACACCCAAAACAAAAAGAACAGAGCUGCCCUGAGUGCAUCUAAUGAAGAGAUGGAAACCCCAGGUUCAACAUCAUGGAAAGACAAAAUUUCUGCUUUUAGGUCCACUGUUUGGAAAGGGUAUAAAAGCAAGCCAAUCUCGCAUUGGAUACUUUUAGCUCUAAGUAGUGCUGCAAUGCUUGUAGCUUUCCCUGCCUCUUCCCUCUUAUCCCGCAUUUAUUUUGCCAACGGGGGAACGAGCAAAUGGAUAAUAUCUUGGGUGGCAGCAUUCGGGUGGCCUAUUCCUGCAUUGGUUCUAGUUCCUACAUACUUCGUCUUAGGUGUCUUUCCCACUCCUCUGGACUUCAAGCUCGCUGCAUCUUAUGCUGUCUUGGGUUUCUUGAGUGCCGCUGACAACCUCAUGUAUGCAUAUGCAUAUGCGUAUCUGCCACCAUCGACUGCUGCUCUUUUGGGAUCGACGUCCCUGAUAUUUUCUGCAAUAUUUGGAUAUCUUCUCGUCAAGAACAAAAUCUACGCUUCGACUAUUAAUUCCAUUGUAAUCAUUACUGCUGCUAUGGUUAUCAUUGCACUGGAUUCAAAUUCAGAUAGGUACGCAAGUAUAACAGACCGUCAAUACGCCCUCGGUUUUUUAUGUGUCAUAUUGGCAUCCGCACUUCACGGUCUUAUUUUCGCUCUAUCUGAGUUAGUUUUUGACAAGUUAGUGGGACGAAGGUCGUUUCAUGUAGUUCUUGAGCAGCAAGUAAUGGUUUCGCUAUUUGCUUUCAUCUUCACUACAAUUGGCCUCCUUGUGAACAAUGACUUCCAUGGGAUGGCGACUGAGGCAAGAACAUUCAAAGGUGGUCGAAGUUCAUAUCUGUCAGUCCUUGUGUGGGGAGUCAUUACAUUCCAGUUGGGUAUUCUAGGUGGCACCGCGGUGCUCUUCCUUGCAUCCACCGUGCUAGCUGGUGUGCUUAAUGCAAUAAGGGUACCUCUUACUAGUAUUGCAGCUGUUAUAUUGUUGAAUGAUCCUAUGAGCGGUUUCAAGAUUCUGUCUCUGAUUAUAACCUUCUGGGGAUUUGCUUGCUACAUAUAUGGAAAUUACCCUCGAAGUAAGGAUUCCUCGUGAUUGUUGUCCACGUAUGCAGUUUACUGUAUUGUACCCAAGUUUAAGGUCACAUACGUUUACAGUUGAGUAUAUUGCACAUCGAACAGACGUUUUUCUUGCCUAUGCCACUGCAUUUAUUAUAUUACAAUUGUGCGAGAAUGGAACGAUAUCUUCAAGCUU